CUUCCUCCCUCCAUCCCUCCCUCCAUCCCUCCUCCCUCCAUCCCUCCGCCCUGCGUGCGCGGCCGGAGCCGGGGUCGGCGCAGCCCCCGCCGGCCGCAGCGGUGAGCGCCGGCCCCGCGGGAGGGCAGGGAGCGGCUCCGAGCCCCGCGGCGUGCGGGGGACGGGCGGCCAGCCCGGGGAGGGUUUGCCCGGAGCCCCGCCGGGCAGCGCGGCCCCCCCGCCACGCACACGGAGCCGGUUUGUGCCCCGGCUUCGAGCACCGGCCCCGGGGCACCGGCCCCGGGGGACCCCAGCCCGCCCCAGCACCGCCCUGCCCCGGCCCCGUGUCGGCGGAGCGGCGGGAGGAGGCGGGGGCGCCGGAGCUGGCGGCGCGGGAUUGAUUGGAAACGGGGAGAAACGGAGCGGCCGGAGGGACAGCGGGUGGCCUGAGCGAAGCCACGGCUCUUGCUACAGGGCUGCCAGCGCAUGAUGGAGACGCAGCCACGGCCCUGAGUGGGUGCUGCUGACCCCGUCCGUGGCCCGGCUCUGCCCAGCCCAGCAGCAUGAGCGGGUUCCUGUCUCGGCUGGACCCGCGGCGGGUGCCCUGGGGGGCGGCGGGCCAUGCCCUGCGCGCCCGCGUCCUGCGCACCAAGCCCGUGGAGUCCAUGCUGGAGGGCAGCGGCGCCGCGGCCACCCAGGGCGCCCGGCUGGCCAAGGUGCUCACCACCCUGGACCUCAUCUCGCUGGGCGUCGGGAGCUGCGUGGGCACCGGCAUGUACGUGGUGUCCGGCCUGGUGGCCAAGGAGAUGGCGGGGCCCGGGGUCAUCGUGUCCUUCAUCAUCGCUGCCGUCGCGUCCAUCUUGUCAGGCGUUUGCUACGCCGAGUUCGGCGUGCGGGUCCCCAAGACCACGGGCUCUGCCUACACCUACAGCUACGUGACCGUGGGGGAGUUUGUGGCGUUCUUCAUCGGCUGGAACCUCAUCCUGGAGUACCUGAUCGGCACGGCCGCGGGCGCCAGCGCCCUCAGCAGCAUGUUUGACUCGCUGGCCAACCACACCAUCAGCCGCUGGAUGAUCAGCAGCGUGGGCACGCUCAACGGCCUGGGGAAAGGAGAGGAGUCGUACCCCGACCUUCUUGCUCUGGUCAUUGCUGUCAUUGUCACCAUCAUUGUGGCCAUGGGGGUGAAGAACUCGGUGGGACUGAACAACGUGCUCAAUGUCAUUAACUUGGCAGUUUGGGUCUUCAUCAUGAUUGCUGGUCUGUUCUACAUCAAAAGUGACAACUGGGCUGAAGGGCAAUUCCUGCCGUUCGGAUGGCCAGGGGUGCUCAAGGGGGCUGCAACCUGUUUCUAUGCCUUCAUUGGCUUCGACAUCAUUGCUACCACGGGAGAGGAGGCGAAGAACCCCAACACCUCCAUCCCCUACGCCAUCACAGCCUCGCUCGUCACGUGCCUGACAGCUUAUGUGUCUGUGAGCAUGAUCCUCACGCUGAUGGUGCCCUACGACGCCAUCGACACCGAGUCCCCACUGAUGGAAAUGUUCGUGGUCCAUGGCUUCUAUGCAGCCAAAUUCAUCGUUGCCAUCGGGUCCGUGGCCGGCCUCACUGUCAGCUUGCUGGGCUCCCUCUUCCCAAUGCCCAGAGUCAUUUACGCCAUGGCUGGUGAUGGGCUGCUCUUCAGGUUUUUGUCCCACGUCAGCUCUUACACAGAAACCCCUGUGGUGGCUUGUAUCGUGUCCGGGUUCCUGGCAGCUCUGCUCUCCUUGCUGGUCAGCCUGAGGGACCUGAUUGAGAUGAUGUCCAUUGGCACCCUGCUCGCCUACACACUGGUGUCCGUCUGCGUCCUGCUCCUGCGGUACCAGCCCGAGAGCGACAUCGACGGCUUCGUCAAAUUCCUCUCCGAGGAGCACACCAAGAAGAAGGAGGGCAUCCUGGCUGACUGUGAGAAGGAAGCUUGCUCUCCUGGGAGUGAAGGAGAGGAGUUCUCUGGCCCACCGACCAACACGUGCGGGGCAAAAAAUCUGCCGUCGCUAGGAGAUAACGAGAUGCUAAUUGGGAAAUCCGAUAAAUCCGCCUACAACGUGAAUCACCCCAAUUACGGCACCGUCGACAUGACCUCAGGGAUAGAGGCAGAUGAGUCUGAGAACAUCUAUCUCAUCAAGCUGAAGAAGCUGAUUGGCCCCCGGUACUACACGAUGCGGAUCCACCUCGGGCUGCCGGGUAAAAUGGAUCGCCCGACGGCGGCCACCGGCCACACCGUCACCACCUGCGUGCUCCUGCUCUUCGUCCUCAUGUUCAUCUUCUGCUCCUUCAUCAUUUUUGGGUCAGACUACAUCUCUGAGCAGAGCUGGUGGGCUGUCCUCCUGGUGGUGCUGAUGGUCCUGCUCAUCGCUGUGCUGGUGUUUGUGAUCUUGCAGCAGCCAGAAAACCCCAAGAAGCUGCCCUACAUGGCGCCGUGUCUGCCCUUCGUCCCUGCCUUCGCCAUGCUGGUGAAUAUCUAUCUCAUGCUGAAGCUCUCCACAGUCACGUGGAUCCGAUUUGCCGUCUGGUGUUUUGUGGGUCUGCUCAUCUACUUUGGCUAUGGGAUGUGGAACAGCACGCUGGAGAUCAGCGCGCGGGAGGAGGCCCUGCACCAGAGCACCUACCAGCGCUACGACGUGGACGUCGACCCCUUCUCCGUGGACGACGGCUUCUCCUUCGCCCCCGAGGGCGAGAGCUACCCAGCCUGGGGUCCUUCUGAGGACAAGAGCUUCUCGUACCAGCAAAUGGCAGGCGCCAAGGAAAGCCAUCGGACAAGUGGCAGGUCGAAAAGCAAAGGCCGGCACAAACCGCCGUCGGAUGCUCUGAUCGCCAACGACGAGUUGGACUACUCGCCCGAGUAGCGGGACGGGCAGCGGGGCACCGCGCUGCCCAGGCGAUGAGGAAGGGUCCCCGUGGCUCCCCCAUCCUGCCCCAUCCUCCCCGGGUCCUCCACCACCGCCCUGCUCACCUCUGGUACUCGGGACACGCUCUGCGAUUGCCGUUGACCCCGAACCAAAACCGCCCGUGGCCCGUCCCAGCUCCACCAGUGGGGUCUUGUUCCGGUGAAUGCUGGCUGAUCCCCCAGCACUGGCUGAUCUCCCAGCACCAGCUGCACCAGUGGGGGCAGCGGAGUGGGAGAUGUGCCAAACCAGGAGGGUGUUGAGAGGUGGAAGGAGCCACAUGAGGGGACAAGUCAAAUUGUCCCUGGGGAAUGUCCACCCAAUGGCCGCAGAGGUGGGAUGCCACUCCAAAAUUUUGGCUCUUUCUUGGCAUGUGUGUUUUUUUCCUUUGAUCCACCUAGAAAUGAUAGCUGAGCCAGAGGCACAGAGAGGUGGGUAGGUGCAAAAUGGAGAUGGACACACUCGUCCCUCGGAGUAGCUCAGAGGUGCAUAGUUGGUUCCAUCACAUAGUGUUCCCAUGGCCCAUUCUGGCACGCUGCACAGAGCAGUGCUUCCCCCACGUCCAUCACCACACCCCAAACCCCAAUACUGUUAUUCAAAAUUAGUCCAUGUCUCAGUCCAUCCUUUAAGUCCUAGCAUGCCCAACACCCCAGAUCUGUGGCUGGGAGCCUGAUCCCAUUCCUGGUCACAGUGAGGGCUGUGACCCACUCAGCUCAAUCCUCUUUGUACAAAUGGUCAACAUUCCUCUGAGCAUCACCAGUCUGAGGUCGGGCACUGCUUCCACCACCUUGUGUCUUGCAAAAAUUCCCUCAUCGUGCUAGGCACCUUCCAGUGCUCACUCUGCCCUCAGUGCUCCAGACACCCAUCCAUGCCCUCACAAAGCAGCAUCCAUGGGUCAGCCACGUCUGGGCAGAGCUGGGCCAUGGGUGGCAGGCAGAAAGGACUUGGCGGCUGAAAUCUGGCUCCCUACUGCCAUCUGCACCUUGUACAAUAGUCUCUGGUUUUGACCUUGACUUGGUGGGUGCUGUAUGAAAAACACUGAAAUGCUGCUCAUUCCGUAAGUGUCCGUACUUCAGUCUGAAACCAAACAGAGCUGGUGGCUCGCGGGGCAGAGGUGGUCAGCAGGUGGAUGUUAAACCCCCUGAACAUGGCCAUGGUCCCCAGAAGUGCCAUCAGACUCCCUGCUGCCUGUGUCCCCACAGAACUGUCAGUCAACAGUGCAUAUCAGCAGGUCCAGUUGUGGAGCCCAUCAUGCUUCAUGUAAAAUACUGUGGUGGAGGAACAUUUUUUGAAUAAACAGUAACCAAAACACAUCAGACAGCAGCUCCCAUCCUCCCCCCAGCUGCCGAAGGCUGCAGAUGGAUCCAUCCCAGGGGCUCCACUGCAUCCCAGACCAACCUCCAGUACCAUGGGCUGCUGCUGGCAUCCCAGGAGACAAUUUAACAUCAACAGGGGCAAGAUUUCCAAUAUGGAAAUAUCCUCGUGGAUACUGAGAAUCAUUAAUGCUUUGGUACACUGGAUGAGGCUCAGGCUCCCAAAACACCUGCCUGGUACCCUCUGUGGGCAAGCAGGUGCAAAGGGUGCCUGGACCUGUGCCCAUCCCCAUCACUCCUGAGAUGCAAGGACUUGAUGGAGAUGCUCUGCCUGGGGCUGCAAGAGUAUCCCUCCAGCUCCUGUCCCAAACAGUGGCAAAAUACAGUCCUUUGCCCAGUGGAGAAGAACAUCCAGUGCUGCAAAUCUUAACCUGGAGUGCUCCAGGCAAGCCAAGGGAAGUUUGGCCUCUGCAGCAUCUUCAGGGUGGGAGUGUAGAUUUGGCUAAAGGACCCGUAAGUUUUGCUCUGGCAUUGACUCCUGCUGCCCACCCCUACCACGCUUCUACAAGGAGAAAUCCUGAGUGUGUCCCACGGAAAAGCUGUUGCAAUGUGCACUGCUCAGGGGCCAGCUCAGGAAACCUCUGCAGCAGCACUGAGCUCCUCUUGUGACAGUCACCACCCACCCAUGCUUGGCUGCUCUCGUCCUUGAUGCCUUAGAAGUACCCAAGAGAGAUGGCACCUCGCAGGUCUGGCUGUGUGUUUUCAGGGAGAAAGAUUGAUGCUAUUUUCCUACCAGCUCUUGUACUAUACCACAUGCAAGGUAGUCGUUCUCAUCCUGCUUCCACACGGUAUUUGGGCAUCUGCCGAGCCACAAACUCAUGCCCAAGCACCCUGUUGGGUCAAAGCCUGUUCUUCUUGCAGCCUUAAUCUCUUGCUAUGGAGCAGUUACCAGUACCAGUGUCUGUUGUCACGUCCGCUCUAGUCACGCCAUAAAAUUUGACAAGGGCCUGACCCCUUGCUCUUUGGUGUCUGUAGGAACUUCUCCAUUGGAUCUGAGCAGCCUUUUGGCUGCCCCCAUUCCCAGUCACCCCUCCUCCUUCCCCUUCCUGGGGAAGAUGGCUGGGCCCCAUCCUGGGACCACCAGGGAACAGCAUUUAAUGCCCCAGAUGUGGAUGGGCUGCUGCCAGCACUCGCUGUGCUGGGGGUGGGACCUGCACCACAUCCCACCCAACAGAGGUGUUUAAGGGGAAGGUGACCAAGCCACAGGUCUUGGGGGGUUGCCAGUGGCCAAAGGCUGAUUUACAGGAUACCUGCUCCCUGUUUCUGGGUGGCAGCUCCUGGGAGAUGUGCGGGUUCAGCCUCUGGGAACUCACUUGUUGCAGCACUGGGCACAAGCAAAGGCUGAGAAGGCAAAAUGUCCAGGUGUGCCCAUCACCUCAGGGCACUGCUGGCCGGGGGCUGGGAAGAGGUGCCAGUGCUUGUUUUGCUGCAACCCCAACUCCAGCCUUUCCCCGGGGUGCCCUGAGGGAGGCUCUCACGCCCCUGAUCUGUCGGGAGGACGUGGCAGAGCGGGACCAUGCUGCUCCCACCUCUGCUGGGAGGCACAAAGCCCCUCCGUGCCUGCCUGCCCUCCACGGGGCACAUGCCCUGAGGGGCCAAAUGCAUGGUACAGACGGGGCAUAAAUACCUCAAACCCUCCAGGCCGACUCUGUAAGGUCUCAGCCCCUCACAAAUUCACUCCACAUGCUCACAACCCCUCAGUCCGAGGCCCAGCGCUCCAGCAUCCUCCACAUGGCAGCAAAAUCACACCCCAGCAAAGUGGGAUGUUGUAAAUCCAGCUUGUAAAUGACCUUCACUUCGUUUUGUUCAGUCUUUCUGAUGUAUAUCUUGCUUUUCUUUUUUUUUUUUUUUUUUUUUUGCAGGUGGUACUUUCUGGUGUAACAAUUCUCUGCAGUUCUGGUAUGAAGUUGGUGUAUUUGUUAAAAGCAGUUUGUUCUAUCCAUUUUUUUUUCUUUGUGGUUUCCAGAAGCCCAUUGGUGCAUUGUACAAUGGGGUCUUGUAGUGUGUCAUGAGAAAGAAAAAAAAUAUGCAGAUAUGUUAUGGAGUGAUUUUUAUUUUCAAAUGACUGUGUUGUUGACAGCUAUAUAUAUAAUACAUAUAUAUAAGCAAGAUACUAAGAAAAAAAAUCUAAAUUUACCAAAAUCUGUAUAUUUUAAUAAAUGCAUAAAGCUUUA